UAGAGACAGAUUUCUCUCAUGGUUUCACCCGCGCCUUUUUCCCCUUCGUUUUCUCUCUCGUUCACACUAAUGCACUGAAGCUCCUUCAUUUCAAAUGGAAAAAAUCUUUAGGCCAAGUUUUUCCAUGGCCGGAGAUGGCUCCAGGCAGCUCUUUCCGGUGAUAUCCAGCGAGGAAGCAAAUGAUGCGACCUUUGAUUCAGUCCUCUACAACGGGAGUACUCCAGAAACUCUGAUCCCGCUCCCUUCAGAUUUCACCGUGGGAACUUCAAAGUCACCGUUGAUUGCGCACUCACUCUUUCCAGCAGGCUUCAGCUUCUUGAACGAGGAAUAUCCGACGCUGAACCACACUCAUGAACUCUGUGAAAACACCGACUACUCCGAUCCGCGAUUCUGUUCAGUUUACUCUACUGGCUUAAGAGUCCCUAAAAUCGAACCAUUUUGGCACGAGCAUCCGACAGCAGAUGAUUUAACCCAGCCGUUCGACUUCUUCUUCUCAAAAGCCUUGGAUCUCACCGGCUCCCUACCAUUCAGCCAUCUCCCUUAUCUUCACUCGCUGGAACAACCGCAAACCGAGCAGCUCCAACUCGCCGACUCUGCAUCUCGCAAACGCUCUCGCUUCGACUCAGUUGUGACCAGCUCCCAUCCCCAAACUUUUGACUCAUUCGCAGUACAGAAUUUUCAACCAGGAGAAUCCUCCUCUCGGGGAACCUAUAACAAAGAGCUUGCAAGGAAGCGUCGCCAAAACAUCACCGACAAGUUACGGUGCCUGCAGAAGCUAUUGCCAUGGGACAAAAAGAUGGACACAGCCACGAUGCUAGAGGAGGCACAUAAGUAUGUCAGUUUCCUUCAGGCCCAGAUUAAAUCUCUCCAAUCGAUGCCUGUUGAUACAAGUUUCACUCUCACCCCUCAAGCUGAUGAACACAGUGUGGUCGGACCACUGGGAAGGUUAAAUCGGCAGCAGCUUUUGCAGGUGAUGGUUAAUUCGCCUGCCGCACAGACUGUACUUUACUCGCAGGGAUGUUGCGUGUUUUCGCUGGAGCAGUUGAUUGUGUCUAACAAGAUGGCUCAGAUGAAGUCUCCUCUCAAUCUUAAGCGCUUCAUGUUUGAUUCUUACUGAACAUGGCGAUUUCAGGGAUCUAUUACAA